AUGAGAGUUCUAAGUUACAAUAUCAGAGGGAUCGGGAGCAGUGCAAAGGGAAGAAUCAUUAGAAAUCUUCUUUCCAUUGAGAAGAUUGAUUUUGCCUGUUUCCAGGAGACUAAAAUUGGACUGAUUGAUGCAUCUUUUUGUCAAAGGCUUUGGGGGAAUGAGGAGUGCGAAUAUUUGUAUUCUCCUGCUAUAAAUAGAGGUGGCGGCUUAUUGUGUAUUUGGAGGAAAGGGAACUUUGUGGUGGAGGAAAGCAACUGCAAUCCUAGAUGGAUUUAUUUAAAAGGAAAGUGGGGUGGAAGUGGGGAAACUUAUGCAUUCAUAAAUGUCUAUGCUCCGUGUAGUUCAGAGGAGAAGCGUCAAUUAUGGGGAGAACUUGUGAAUUGCAGAAGGCGAUCUGCGGCUGAUUGUUGGUGUGUUCUUGGAUAUUUCAAUUCUGUUAGAGAUCCGAACGAAAGGAAAGGGAUUACAAAUGAUACAUCUGUUUCGCGAAGAGAUACUGAAUUUUUUAAUGACUUUAUCCACUCUAUGGAGCUUGUUGAUGUGCCAAUGACUGGAAGAAGGUUUACUUGGUUUAGGCCUAAUGGCUCGGCGAUGAGCCGUCUUGAUAGAUGUUUGAUCUCGCUUGAAUGGCUUGCUCUGUGGCCACAUAGUGUCCAACAUAUUUUGGAUCGUGACAUCUCUGAUCACUGUCCAGUUGUAUUGAAGCACCUGAACCAGGAAUGGGGCCCUAAACCAUUCCGUGUACUUAACUGUUGGCAUUCAGAUAUCAGAUUCCGUAAGUUUGUAGAGGAGAGUUGA